GCGAAAUCGUAACAUACCUACCUAGGUAGUACAUGUACAUGUAAUAAAGGAAAGGGCUGAGGGUAUUUUUUUUUUCUUGAUGCGGGAGUAACCGAGAUAUCCAUUUACUUAAUAUUUUAACAUCUGCCAACAUUGAAUUCGUUCUCUUUAUAUGUCCUUGGUUAAAAAACAUCGUAACUUUAUACCUCCCAUUACCCCGCCUUUGUUGCCCUAUUAAGAAGAUGGCGGCAUCACUGUUUCGAACUGCUCUGGCUGCCAGGGCCGCUCUGCGAGUUAAUUCCGUCAAAACCGGCGCAACGGCUCUAGCCAGCACGUCCUUCACUAGAGGCAAAGCUACAUUGCCCGACUUGUCUUACGACUAUGGCGCUCUCGAACCCCACAUCUCCGGCAAAAUCAUGGAGCUUCACCACAAAGGUCACCACCAAGCUUACGUCAAUGGCUUAAACACCGCGCUGGAAACUAUUGAAGAAGCUAAGGCCAAGGGAGACUUUUCCCAAGCUGCCGCUGCCGCUCCUCUACUCAACUUCAACGGCGGUGGACACAAGAAUCAUACGCUGUUCUGGGAAAACCUGGCCCCUAGCAACAAAGGUGGUGGUGGUGAGCCAGAGGGUGCUCUAAAGUCCGCCAUCGACAAAGACUUCGGAUCCUUCGGUACUCUCCAGACGCAAAUCAACACGGCCCUGGCUGGCAUUCAGGGAAGCGGCUGGGCUUGGCUGGUCAAGGACAAGUCGGCCGGCACCUUACAAGUCAUCACCAAGCCAAACCAGGACCCCGUCACCGGCAACUUCAUUCCGCUGCUAGGCAUUGACGCUUGGGAGCAUGCUUACUAUCUCCAAUACCAGAACCGCAAGGCCGAAUACUUCAAGGCGAUCUGGAAUGUCAUAAGCUGGGGUACUGUCGCUCAGAGAUUGAACCAGGCUUGAAGCGUGAUAGCUUCGCUUCUGUAAACUAGACGACAACGAAUCAGGCUAAAAGAUCAGAGAAAUACCUACGUCUCGUAUCGUCUGUCAGUUAAUAUGAAUUAAUUUGCAUCUCUCGACUUAUUAUCCAAUGCUCUGCGGUCGUAUCACGCACGCGCUUUUAACGGAGACACCGCCGUCUCCGGUAGUAUCUCACCUGAUUAUGGGAAAUAUUAUUAACUAACCUACAUAUGUAGAUACUCAUACUACAGCUGUAUUCCACUCAUAAGUUUCUGGCCAUCCUUUCCGCACGCCUAAUAAACUGCAGGUGAUCCUAUUGCGUGCUGUCAUUCUUACACAAGUUCUCGCGAUCGCUUAUUAUCUCCUCGGCCAGGUCCGCGCACACUGUUCCCUACU